AUGGCGCUUGGUCGAGUCUGGCGCCGCCGAUGGCCGGCGAUACGAGGCUUUAGUUCGCAACCGCCGACGUACUGGAGCUUCCCGUGCCCGAUCUGCGGUGGCAGCAAGGGCGGCGAUGUGCUCGCAUGCUCGCCGGCCUGUGCAGCGACGCUGGAAAGGGACCAUGCUGGCGCCCACGCCAAGCUCCUGACGCUCAAGGACGACGCCGAUGCGGCCAAAUCGCCCGCGCUCCACGAUGCCAUCAAGAGACUGGCGGCGCACAAAGGGUCGGACACGUACGCCUCCUGGGAAGCACUAUUGGCGGCGAUCGAUGCGCCUCUGAGUGAUCCUGCAGCGAUCCGCUUGCUCUCGGCUGCGUACUCGUACCCCAUGACGCUCCAUCAUUACCUUCCAGACCUAUGCGCCGCCAGCGAGGAACGUGUGGCACUGUACGUCCUGGGCGCCCGGGCCGAAGCGACGAUGCCCAAGCACAUGUGGGGCGUCUUGAACCCACACCGUGUGCAUCUCAAGAUGGUCGGCAACCACGUUCCGGUGUUCCGGAAGCUUCCGCCCGAAAGCAGCGACGAUGCCGUUCACGUGAGUUUUAGCAGCUCGCUCUUCCACGAGAUGGCACCGUCGACGCCGUCGCCCAAUGCAUUUGUGCUCUUCAACCCAGGGCUGGGCCAUCCUGCGCUCUCUUCGCUCUGGGCGCCGACGCUCUCGAUGGCCCUUGCGACGCGCAAGCCGCUGCUUAUCACGUGCUUCAGCGCCAUCGAUCUGCACCGGGACCUGACGGCGUUGGAGGCAAGCGCGACGACGCUCAGUGGACGCCUUCACUAUACAAUCUCGGCGCAGCUCAAUCCCUUCCAGAGCCGCAAGGCGACCGUGGACCCUGCUGCGCUCCUCGCCCCCGUGCACACCAACCAGUACGCGAUGGUCGUCCGACUGACAGCGUAA